AUGCAGAUUGAGAAUGACAGAUUUAUUUCUUUGGAGCGACUUCUGCUGUCUUGCAACGAGAGGUGUUCAGUGUUAGAGAGUUAUCUUCGCAAUCAUUUAGAAAUGCGCUCUUUAGGAAUACAAACCACUGAUGUGAACUCUAUUGUUUCAACAACAGAUUUUUCAUCAGCUGGUUACAUUCGAAUAGAUGUUUCCACUAUUAAGUCUCUUGAAAGCCGUCUCGGAGAAAUGUCUUCCGAGCUUUCUUCUGCACGACGCCAGCUUACAGAUUAUGCCUCAUUUUAUGAUGAUCGAAUUAUAUCAAUUCAAAACGAAACUCUUAAAUUUCUUGAGUUACAACCAAUUUUACAGUCCUGCAUCGAUAUUUGCUUAAGCUUGCAAAGUGAUAUUCGAAAUCCUCAUCAGAUUUUGUCUAUUGGAAGUGAAACAUAUACUGUGGAUACUACUCUUGCAACAAUGGAUUACUUCUCGUCUCCAAACGAGCGUUUGGAUGUCUCUUUUAUCAAGUCUCUUGCAAGUCGUUUAGAAGAGAUAUCUUCUGUACUUGUUUCUGCUCUACAAAAUUUUUCACUUCAAUCAUCUCUUUAUUCUGAUAGAUUGGCAUCAAUGCAAUUUGAGAUCCUGAGAUUCGAUAACUUCGAACGCACUUUACAUUCAUGCACCGAGACAUGUUUUAGCUUGGAAGGUGCUCUCCAUAAUCGUCCUGAGUUCGGAACCAUUGGUGUCCAAACAAAUUUUGAUGAUAUUGUUAUUAGCCCUAUUUAUUCCCAAUCCUCAACUAACGUCUCUUCGAAGGUCUCCUCAAUUCAUUCUCUUGAAAGUCAUAUAAAAGAGCUCUCUUCUAUUCUUUUUAAUGCACAAAAACAAUUAUCUGAUCAACCCCUACCUGCAUCUUGCAGUUCAUUUAGCCUAAUCGAACCUAUGGCUUCCUUAACUAAUCAACAGCCACUUAUUUGCCCUUAUCUCUCUGAAUCAUCUCCCUCCUCACUUCCAAUCAUGAAUCUCAGCCCCUGCUUUUCCACGCAGAAUAGUUUUAUGGAUUCUUCUUCAGCUCCCAGAAUUAAAUCGCUUUUAGAUUUAUCAUCCUCCCUUUUUUCUCGACUUAAUGACAUUUUUUCCGAGAUAAUUUCUCUUACACAACCUCAUGUUCAACAUGAUAUCACCUCUCAUCCACAUACCUAUUUAGCAAAUCUACGCUCUCGUUUUAUUGAUUUGAAUUACCUUCUACAACUUUGCAUUUAUAAGUAUUCUGGCUUGGUUUUUGAAUUAAAUCCUGGCCCUGACGCCCAUGCAUUUGUUUCACAAUUUUUUCCUCCAUCUUUCUCUAUUAAUACUUCUCUUAUGCCUCCUUUGGGACUACCUCAACAUUUGCCUAAUGCUUCUUGCCUAUACCAGCAAUUUAUCAACUUAUUCCUACACCUCUUUUCUACUAAGAAUAUCUUUAAUUUGCAAAUGUCAGGCUUUGAAAGCUUUUUUUUAUUGGUUUUCAAAAAAAUAUUCCACUCAAAUCACGAUACAUUUGCCUUUCCGCCAUGUAUUUCACCUUCUUCUUCCGCUCUCUUCUCUCCUGACAACAGUUUUCACGUUAUUUCUUCGGAUUCUGAAGCAAUUUUCUCUUUUAAUGAUAGUAUCACCUUAGUUUCUUCCUUCCCCAGUGACUUUCCUGUCUUUCUAGAAACCUUGCCCAAGUUCCUAAAUUUAGAACUUACUAAAAUGACCCAAUGUUUAUCCUGUUUGCAACACUUCCUUGUGAAUCUUGAGAAUUCCUCGUUGGAAAAACGGUCUAGAACUGAAAUUUCUCAGAAUUGUCUGCCUAUUGCUUCACUUGAAAGUGUUUCUUUAUUCCUAGAGUCCAAUGAUCUUCGAUCCCAGUUGACUGAUGCCAAAGAUCGUAUCAUCGGUCUUUCUUCUAUUAUUGACGCUCGUGAU